AUGGGCCAUCUGAAAGGUUUAUCAAUUGCGAAGGGUGCUCCUGUUAUAUCCCACCUUCUUUUUGCAGAUGAUAGCUUGCUAUUCUGUCAAGCUACAGAAGACUCUUGCCAGGCUGUUAAUCGAGUACUUGAUCAUUAUCAUAGAGCGUCAGGACAACUUCUGAAUACUGAGAAAACUGUUAUGUCAUUCUCACCUAAUGCUACUCAAGGUAUUCGUGAUCGUUUUCAUAAUGUGCUUGGCAUCCCAUCGUAUGCUGGUAAAGAUAAAAAGGAGCUUUUUAGUGGUAUCAAAGAUCGUAUAUGGAAACUCAUGAAUCAAUUGCAUGCUAAGCUCUUUUCUAUCGGUGGCAGGGAAGUACUAUUAAAAGUUGUUGUCCAGUCAAUUCCAACUUAUGACAUGAGUUGUUUCAGUCUACCGAAUAAAUUUUGCAACCAAUUAGAGUCUAUAAUGGCUAACUUUUGGUGUGGUUCCAAUACAAAUAAUUCAAAAAUACUUUGGAAGAAAUGGAAAUUCAUGUGCUCAAAAGCUGAUGGUGGAAUGGGCUUUCGAUCAUUCAUCCACUUUAAUCAGGAUCUUUUAGCAAAACAAGCAUGGAGAAUAUUGGAUAUCCCUGAUUCUCUUCUGGCAAGAGUAUUUAAAGCCCGUUAUUUUAAGAAUGGUGAUUUUCUCUCGGCACAAAAAGGCACUCUACCUUCUCUCACCUGGCAGAGUAUAUGUGAUGGUAAAAAGUUGUUGUUGAAAGGCCUAAGAUGGAAAAUUGGUACAUGGAAAAAUGUACGGUGUGCAACGGAUCCAUGGUUACCUGGAAAUACUUCUUUUACUCCUUAUUAUUAUGGUGGUGAUCCCCUCUUCACAAUUGAACACUAUAUCUCUUUGAAUUGGCAAUGGGAUACUUUUCCCCAAAAAAGUCAAAUUUUUGCCUGGAGACUAAUCAAUGAUGCACUUCCUACCUCUGUUAACCUUGCUCAUAGAAAAAUCACUUCUUCUACUGCCUGUGCACGUUGUAAAUGCAGCUGGGAAUCAGUUUUGAUAUUUUUUUCCCACGUUGCUGCUGCCCAUAAUGAUACUGAUUUAGAAUUGAUUACAUGUCUCAUGUGGUGUAUUUGGUCUGAACGAAACAAGGAGAUUCAUGGUACUAAGCCGAAAUCCGCAGACAUUAUCCAUACCUUUGCUGCCUCUCAUUUGGCUCAAUAUCACAAGGCUACAUCACAACAACCUGCUGCAACUGGUGCGAAAUUCAACAACAGCAACUCUCAGGCUCAUCAAGGGUCUCCACAUGCGAAGACACGACCUAAAUGGCAUCCACCUGAAGCUGGUUGUUUCAAAUUAAACGUGGACGCUGCUUGUGAUAAUGCAGGAGCAGUAAUUGGUUUUGGAGCUUUAAUUCGAGGUCACUAUGGCAAUGUCAUUGCUGGUCUCUCGAAGCCUUUCCGAGGGUGUUUUUCUCCUAAAGAAAUGGAAGCUGCAGCAUUUUUUCCUAGUGUUAAUUGGGCUAUUCAGCAUCAACUACCAAUUCAUAUUAUUGAGACUGAUGCUCUUGUGGUAGUUAAUGCACUUAAUAAGACGUCUUCUACUAGAUUUGUAAUCCCUUUUUAUGAUUUGGUAGAUGAUAUUUCCUAUCUUUUAUUCUAUUUUCCUGGAGCAAAGGUAUCUCAUGCUAAAAAAGAUGCUAAUGAAGCAGCUCAUGCUUUAGCUAAAUUUGCUCUUCGAUUGGAUGAAGAUAAAAUUUUGUUGGGGGAAAUUCCUUCUCCAAUUUCUUCUGUUGUUAUUAAUGACUCUAUUUUUUAA